AGUCUGUCUACUCGGUGUACAAAAGUCUAUUGAUCCAGGACAGAAUCUUACCACUGAUCGUCAACUUAUUCCCCGUGAAGGUAUCCUGGGUUAUCCCCACUACUCGUUAAGUCCAACCUGGACACAUGUAUGUACCUACCCAUACAAAUUUUACAUGCGCUACCCUUUUCACGUGGGACAUUCUCCACAAGACAGGCGACUUGAUUACCAUAAAAGGGACUCUGCCGAAAUAUCGGGAAACGAUCAACUACAAAGCGUCUACUUGAGCAUUGUGCACCUUCAUAUGGUUAUGCAGGACCGGGCUGCAUCCUCGGGACCUCGGUCGCGCGGCAAGCCUCUCCCCCGCAGAAGCCACGGCUAGCUUCGUCGCUGCAGAUCAUCCCCAUCUUCCCCAACAACUCAUCCUUAAUUAUAUUACUUCCACCGAAUCUACUCGAUUCCGACAUUGUCUUCAUCCAAGUCAGUACAAGUCUGAAUUAUUUAUCUCUUCCUUUCAAAUCCUCAACAAUGGGCAAGAAACAAGCAUCGCCCGCCUAUGUCCUGGGUGUGGGAAUGACCAAAUUCAUCAAACCUCGGGGCAAGGUUGAUUAUCAUGAGCUUGGUUUCGAGGCUGGUGUGAAGGCUAUGCUGGAUGCGCACAUCAAUUACGACGAUGUAGAGCAAGGUGUUGCUUGCUAUGUGUACGGUGACAGUACCUGCGGCCAGCGCGUCUUCUACCAGUUCGGCCUCACCCAGAUUCCCAUCUACAAUGUCAACAACAACUGCUCCACAGGGUCCACCGGUCUCGCCAUGGCUCGAACUAUGGUCUCCCAUGGCGCCGCCGACUGCGUGCUCGUCGUGGGUUUCGAAAAGAUGAACCCGGGAAGUCUUCAGUCAGUGUACAACGACCGCGAGAACCCGACAGGCCAGUUCGGAAUGAUGAUGGCCGACACAAGAGGUGUCACCAACGCUCCGGGUGCCGCGCAGAUGUUUGGAAACGCCGGUCGGGAGUACAUGGAAAAGUACGGUGCUAAAAAUGAGGAUUUCGCCGAGAUUGCGCGGGUCAACCACGAGCAUUCCAAGCGCAACCCAUACUCGCAAUUCCAGCAAGAAUACACCCUCGAGCAGAUCAGCAAGGCGCCGAUGAUUCACGAACCCUUGACCAAGCUCCAAUGCUGCCCCACCUCCGACGGCGCAGCCGCAGCCGUCAUCGUCUCCCAAGAGUUCCUGGAUGCCCGUCCGCAUCUCAAGGACCAGGCUGUUCUUAUCGCUGGUCAGCAGCUGGCGACGGACAACAACACCGUCUACAACCGCAGUGCCAUCGAUCUGAUGGGAUUCGGGAUGUCCCGAAAUGCGUGCCGAGCGGCCAUCAAGGAAGCUGGCGUCAACGUGAAGGAUAUCAAGGUGUGCGAGUUGCAUGACUGCUUCUCAGCCAACGAGAUGAUCACCAUUGACGCGCUCGAACUGUGUGAACCCGGGCAAGCGCACGAGAUGGUCCGCAAAGGCAACAUCACCUACGGGGGCAAGAUGGUCAUCAACCCUUCGGGUGGUUUGAUAUCCAAGGGCCACCCUCUGGGAGCGACUGGUCUGGCGCAGUGUGCGGAACUGGUGUGGCAUUUGCGUGGCUGGGCUAACAACCGGUUGAUCGACGGAACUGAUGCCGCUUUGCAACACAACCUGGGCUUGGGCGGUGCGGUCGUGGUGACUGUGUAUAAGCGAGCCGAUGGCAAGGUAGCCAGUCCCGUCUCGUCUGACACCGUUGCAAAGAUAACCGGCCUCGGAUAUAACCCAGCCGUCGAGGCCAAGGGGUUCACAGCCCAGCAGGCUCAAACGGUUCGGAGUAAGAAGUAUAGCGAUGAGUGGGCGCUGUCCGACACUCAGGAGAGAGUGCUGGCUCGGUUCUAGACCGGGAUGGCAUGCGCUUUGCCGACGCGCCAUCGGAGAUUCUUACGAUCUGCAUAUCUCAGUGAUUCCCCUGCAAUUUCUGUAAAUGUAAAGUUAAAUUCCAGAUCGGUUUCAAUCGAAUGAAAUGUGUUCUGUCGAAGUGCAACGUCUAGAUUUCUGAUAAGAUAACUGAUAAACAAAAGCCUUCCGGGAAAUGAUUCCUCCGGCGUGGGAUGACAUAAGCGACGCACUCCGCGGAAUGAUAAAUUUUCGCGUCGAUUUUCCGCGUUCCUUCCCCCUUUCUUCUUCCACAUAUACCAG